AUGUCCGUGUCAGGGUUCAAGGCCAAACUGAAGUUGCUGGCGUCUACCUUCCACAAGAACCAGGAGCCUCAGUGGAGGCUCAUGCUCCACUGCAACAGGACGGUGAGGCGCCCGGCGGCGGCCUCGCGAGGCAGGCCGAGGGCGGAGAGGGGGCGCCCAGAGUCCCGGGACAAAGAGGAGCCUGCCCCGGAGAGGCCCGGGUUCUCCGCCCCUUUCUCCCUCAACUGGACCUGCCCUGCCCGGGGACUGCGCGAGGUUUGGGUGGCAGGAGGCGGAGGGCGCGUCUUUCGGCGACUCGCGCCCGGCUGGCUUGGGGGCUGCUGGAUCCUCUUGGCCCCCGCCGCCGCGCCCCGAGGUGGAAGCCCGCGGAAGCCAGAGCCCUCUCGGGACCCAAGGUCGUCCUCACCCUGGCAGAUUCUUUCUCUAUUUCAGAAUGGGACAACAGAAGAAGUGACUUCAGACGAAGAGGAAGAGGAAGAAGAGGAGAUGGCUGAAGAUAUAGAAGACUUAGAUCACUAUGAGAUGAAAGAAGAGCCUAUUAGUGGGGAAAAGUUGGAGGAUGAAGGAAUUGAAAAAGAAAAUUUGGCAAUAUUAGAGAAAAUUAGGCAAGACCAUUUAAAUGCUGCAGUGUCUGGGUCAGUGCAAGCUUCAGGUAGACUUAUGACAGAGCUCAGGGACAUAUACAAAUCACAGAAUUAUAAGACAGCUAAGGAUCUCUAA